UCAGCGACGGCCGGGGGGACAUCUGCGUUCACACUGAAACCGGAAGACGGAGCGUCGUUUGAUGGUAAUCUCAGUAGCAGCUCUCUUUCCGACGGAACACCGUCUGGCCGCCAAACUCUUAACCGACUCGGCCUUAGCAGUCCGGAAAAGAUAUCCAAGAACACGCCUGUUCCACCGGAAUUGGAACAGAUGCGCCCUUCAAGGCUCUCUUCAUCCUCUCGCAAGCCCUUGAAACAACCCCGCUCACCGGGCGGUCCACCACCACUGUUACCGCUUCCGCAGACUGCCGACAUGGCCCGCUCGUCCAAGCGUCGGGGCAGCAAACACUACCCGCCCUCCUGCCGUGACUCUUCCUCCUCGUCCUCCUCCACAUCGAUCUCUAGUGAAAGGGAACUGGUCGAGUCAUCUCCUCUACCUUGUACGUCGAAUCCGACACUCGUCUAUGGUAUUCAGCGUGGCGUCUUACUUUCUACCGUCUAA